AGGCACUACUCGGGUGUACAACGAUGGACGUCGGCGGAGAUCUUACAGGAAGUUAUUACGAUGGGUUGGAUAGACAGAUACAUACUGUUUAGUGUCAGCUUUAAGUGCCAUGAGGAAAAAGAAAGCCGAGUGAGGGGAUGGGGAAAGGUGAUUUUUUCAUAAGGCUGUCAGGAGCCCUAUGGUGAGCCCCAGUAAGGUUUACGUUCCACUUACGUGUUGGUGUUUCUGUGUUGCACACAACUGGUUUGUGGCCUGUUUGAUUCCUAGCAGAGGUUUACCGGCCCAAGACAGUAUCAAAAAUGCAUAUUAAGUCAAUCGUUCUUGAGGGAUUCAAGUCCUAUGCUCAGAGGACUGAAGUCAAUGGUUUUGACCCCCUCUUCAAUGCUAUCACUGGUUUAAACGGUAGUGGGAAAUCCAACAUAUUGGACUCCAUCUGCUUUUUGCUGGGCAUCUCCAACUUGUCUCAGGUUCGGGCUUCUAAUUUACAAGAUUUAGUUUACAAAAAUGGGCAGGCUGGUAUUACCAAAGCCUCAGUGUCAAUCACAUUUGAUAAUUCUGACAAAAAACAAAGUCCUUUAGGAUUUGAAGUUCAUGAUGAAAUUACUGUAACAAGGCAGGUGGUUAUUGGUGGUAGAAAUAAGUAUUUAAUCAAUGGAGUAAAUGCAAACAACACCAGAGUACAGGAUCUCUUCUGUUCUGUUGGCCUUAAUGUUAACAACCCUCACUUUCUCAUCAUGCAGGGCCGAAUUACAAAAGUAUUGAAUAUGAAACCUCCAGAGAUUUUAUCCAUGAUAGAAGAAGCAGCUGGAACCAGGAUGUAUGAAUAUAAAAAAAUUGCUGCACAGAAAACUAUAGAAAAAAAGGAGGCUAAGCUGAAGGAAAUUAAGACGAUACUUGAAGAAGAGAUUACUCCAACCAUUCAAAAAUUAAAAGAGGAAAGGUCUUCCUACUUGGAGUACCAAAAAGUAAUGAGAGAAAUAGAACAUUUGAGUCGAUUAUAUAUUGCUUACCAGUUUUUGCUGGCUGAAAAUACCAAAGAACGUUCAGCUGAGGAGUUAAAAGAAAUGCAAGAUAAAGUUGUAAAGCUUCAAGAGGAAUUGUCUGAGAAUGAUAAAAAAAUAAAAGCACUUAAUCAUGAAAUAGAAGAAUUGGAAAAAAGUAAAGAUAAGGAAAUUGGAGGUAUACUCCGAUCUUUAGAAGAUGCUCUUGCAGAGGCUCAGCGAGUUAAUACUAAAUCUCAAAGUGCAUUUGAUCUCAAGAAGAAAAAUCUGGCAAGUGAAGAAAACAAACGCAAAGAGCUGGAAAAAAAUAUGGUUGAGGACUCUAAAACUUUAGCAGCAAAGGAAAAAGAAGUUAAAAAGAUAGCAGAUGGGCUGCAUGCCCUUCAAGAAGCAAGUAGUAAAGAUUCCGAAGCUUUUGCUGCUGCACAGCAGCACUUCAAUGCUGUUUCUGCAGGCCUGUCCAGUAAUGAAGAUGGAGCCGAAGCAACUCUUGCUGGUCAAAUGAUGGCCUGUAAAAAUGAUAUAAGUAAAGCUCAGACAGAAGCCAAACAGGCUCAGAUGAAGUUGAAACAUGCCCAACAGGAAUUAAAGAAUAAACAAGCAGAAGUUAAGAAGAUGGAUAGUGGCUACAGGAAGGAUAAAGAAGCUUUAGAAGCUGUAAAGAGACUUAAAGAAAAACUUGAAGUUGAAAUGAAAAAGUUAAAUUAUGAAGAAAAUAAGGAGGCAAGCCUUCUGGAAAAGCGCAGGCAGCUGUCUCGUGAUAUCAGUAGAUUGAAAGAAACAUAUGAAGCUCUCUUGGCCAGAUUUCCCAAUCUUCGAUUUGCAUACAAGGAUCCAGAGAAGAACUGGAAUAGAAAUUGUGUGAAGGGACUUGUAGCUUCUCUGAUUAGUGUGAAAGAUACUUCUGCAACCACAGCUUUAGAAUUGGUGGCUGGAGAACGACUCUACAAUGUUGUAGUAGACACAGAGGUUACUGGUAAAAAGCUACUGGAAAAAGGGGAAUUGAAGCGACGAUACACCAUAAUUCCACUCAAUAAAAUUUCAGCCAGAUGUAUUGCUCCAGAAACUCUGAAGGUUGCUCAGAAUCUUGUUGGCCCUAACAAUGUUCAUGUGGCUCUUUCCCUGGUUGAAUACAAACCAGAACUUCAGAAAGCAAUGGAAUUUGUCUUUGGAACAACAUUUGUUUGUGACAAUAUGGAUAAUGCCAAAAAAGUGGCCUUUGAUAAAAGGAUAAUGACUAGAACUGUAACUCUAGGAGGUGAUGUAUUUGAUCCUCAUGGGACAUUGAGUGGAGGUGCUCGAUCUCAGGCGGCUUCUAUUUUAACCAAGUUUCAAGAACUCAAAGAUGUUCAAGAUGAGCUGAGAAUCAAAGAGAAUGAACUACAGGCUUUAGAGGAGGAAUUGGCAGGUCUUAAAAACACUGCUGAAAAAUAUCGCCUGCUAAAACAGCAGUGGGAGAUGAAAACUGAGGAGGCAGAUUUAUUACAAACCAAGCUCCAGCAAAGCUCAUAUCACAAGCAACAAGAAGAAUUAGAUGCCCUUAAAAAAACUAUUGAGGAAAGUGAAGAGACCUUAAAAAACACUAAGGAGAUCCAAAAAAAAGCAGAAGAAAAAUAUGAAGUAUUGGAGAAUAAAAUGAAAAAUGCAGAAGCUGAAAGAGAGAGAGAGCUAAAGGAUGCUCAGAAAAAAUUGGAUUGUGCCAAAACAAAGGCAGAUGCAUCUAGCAAAAAAAUGAAAGAAAAACAGCAGGAAGUUGAAGCUAUCACUCUGGAGCUGGAAGAACUCAAGAAAGAGCAUGCAUCCUAUAAACAACAACUUGAAGCUGUAAAUGAAGCUAUCAAAUCCUAUGAAGGUCAAAUUGAAGUAAUGGCAGCAGAGGUGGCUAAAAAUAUGGAGUCAGUAAAUAAAGCUCAAGAAAAGGUGACCAAACAAAAAGAAGUGAUAACAACUCAAGACAGUGUAAUUAAAGCUAAAUAUGCAGAAGUGGCAAAACAUAAGGAGCAAAACAAUGAUUCUCAGCUUAAAAUUAAGGAAUUGGAGCACAACAUCAACAAGCAUAAACGGGAAACUGAAGAUAGUGCUGCAAAGGUAUCCAAAAUGUUGAAAGAUUAUGACUGGAUUAAUGCAGAGAAACACCUCUUUGGUCAACCCAAUAGUGCCUAUGAUUUCAAAACUAACAAUCCAAAAGAAGCUGGCCAGAGACUUCAGAAGCUGCAAGAAAUGAAGGAGAAACUAGGAAGAAAUGUCAAUAUGAGAGCUAUGAAUGUACUGACAGAAGCGGAAGAUCGGUAUAAUGACUUGAUGAAGAAGAAGAGAAUUGUAGAAAAUGACAAAUCCAAAAUCCUUACAACUAUAGAAGACCUUGACCAGAAGAAAAACCAAGCCCUAAAUAUUGCUUGGCAAAAGGUGAACAAGGACUUUGGAUCUAUCUUUUCUACUCUUUUGCCUGGUGCCAAUGCUAUGCUUGCACCACCAGAGGGGCAAACUGUUUUGAGUGGUCUUGAGUUCAAGGUUGCCUUAGGAAAUACCUGGAAAGAAAACCUAACUGAACUUAGUGGUGGUCAGAGAUCUUUAGUGGCUUUGUCAUUGAUACUGUCCAUGCUCCUCUUCAAACCUGCUCCAAUUUAUAUUCUUGAUGAGGUAGAUGCAGCUUUGGAUCUUUCUCAUACCCAGAAUAUUGGACAGAUGCUGCGAACUCAUUUCACACAUUCUCAGUUCAUUGUGGUGUCCCUAAAAGAAGGUAUGUUCAACAACGCAAAUGUUCUUUUCAAAACCAAGUUUGUGGAUGGUGUUUCUACAGUAGCCAGAUUUACUCAAUGUCAAAAUGGAAAGAUUUCAAAGGAAACAAAAUCCAAGGCAAAAGGACCUAAAGGAGGAGCACAUGUGGAAGUUUAAAGUGCAAAUUUGCUCCUUUACCCUGACCUGUUUUUUAAAGAUAAACUUUUAAGAACUUGGGAUCUAAUUUGUUUAUAUAAAAAAAAUUAAUGUUAUUUUGUUACCUAACCCUUAUUUUCUCUUCCUUUCUGUAAUCACAUAAAUAAGCUUUGAUUCUUCAUCUCUUAAUUAGUGUUAACUAUAAUCCAAUUACUGUGGUCGUGAUUUUAUGUGUAUCAUCAAAUGUUUUUUCUUACGCAAGUCUUUUAUAUAUUAGGGAACCUGAGAUACUUGGUUAAUGGUAAAUUCUGUAUGUUAAAGCAAAACUAGAAUGAAACAUGAAAUUAAAUUGUAGUAUAAAUAUAGCUGAUAGCUUUUAAUUAGUUUAGUUCCUGAGGUAAUAUUAAUGUAUUUUCUAUUGCUAAUAAAGUCAUUCAGGUAAGGAAGAAUUGCAAAGCAACUAACUGGACCAACAAUAAAGGGAACACAAAGAAAGCAAUUAUGUACAAACUAAGCUGUUUAAGGCUAGUUCCUUGACACAGUGCCAGAUCCCUGAUUUAGACUGAGGUGGGAAACAGACCUUGAAAGAUUUCUCAUUUUAGUGAUGUUUGGGUAUCAUGUUUCUAUAAUAAUUGGUCUCUACAACCUUAAGUUUUUUUAAAAGAUUUAGGAGUAUUUUAGUAGAAGCUUGGGAGGAGUUGUGUCUCAUGUUCUGUGCUGAAAGCUUAUCUGAGGUCUCCUAAUAUUUUCAGAAAUUUUUGUCAGCGUUUUUAUAAUCCAAUCAAUAACAACCUAUUAGUGAAUGAGAAUGUAGGAGGCAGCAGACUAAAUCAAAUUUAUCUUUUUCCUUGAGUCUGAUAAAUAUGUAAAUAAAUCGAUCCAUCUGUUCUACCAAAAUAAUUCACAAGUUUGAUGGUUAUUGUAAUUCUUAGUGUCUUCUGCUUUCUAGUUCAAAGGGGUGAAAUUCCUUUAGAACUUGAAAGAUGGAGCUAACAGACAACAUAAGAAUACUGUGUAUACUUCUUAGUAUCACUGGGUGUAUCACCAGAACAGUGCCUCCAAACUCUGAAUCCAAAAAGCUCUGACAUGGUGUAAUCUGAUCUUGGAUGUAUUAUUUUGGCCCCACAUAUCCUUGAGUCUUGGUUCCUUAGUGUUAUUAUACUUUCCCUGAUAUGUGCUCAUACUUUCUGACCCUUGGGUGACAUUUCUCAUCUUUCUUUCUGCCAACUUAUCUGAAAUGUCAGACAACACCCAAGUAAAUGAUAUUAUGAGACACAUUGGAAAGGAUUGAAUCUGGAAUUAGUUCUGUUCACUGUGGCAGGGGAAGGAGACAGAGCUGUAAAUGCUGUUGUAGAAAGUCCAGUAUAACAGAUAACAGAGACAGUGUUUGCCUAAGUAGUUGGAUCAGUUCCAAUGAAGUAUAAUACACCAGUCACCAAUAAAGUGUAGUAUACCAGUUUGACCACAAACUCGUCAAUACUAGUUAUUAAGCAUAAUAUUUCAGAUUUAAUAGCUAUAAAAAUGGUACUUUAUUGCUGCUUCAACUAGCAUUUUAAAAAUAAUUUGUGAGGUUGAAUAUUUUGCCAUAUGUGCUAAUUUUCUUUUAUCUGCUACAAAUGUUCUGCUUGUGUGCUUUCCACCUUUUUGCACUUUGAAAUUCUGCACUUUGAAAAUCCUCAAACAUACAUUAAAUUUUUGUGAGUAA